UACUAUCGUCAGCUCCGGCAGACACCGGGGACGGGCAAGUCAUAUUUAAUAUCGAGGAGACGCAAGAUCUGCCAGUAGCGGGAUUCAACUAACUCGACCGUCACGAAACAAGAUGCAUCUUUCCGCUCCGUUCGUCGUUACUCUUGCCGCUCUCUUGCGGUUGUGUUACGGGGCGGCCUUCACGCCGCCAACCUGCAUCGGCGACAUCACAGAAUUCCCCAACUGCGAGAAAGUCGAUUAUUUCACAAAGAAGUGCAGCAACCUCUCAAAGAAAGAGACCAUCACCUGCUUCUGCACCCAGGAGCUCUUGAAUGCCUACGUGGGCUGCAAGGGCGAGCUCCGGCAAUGCGCUCUCAGCAACGCGUUCGACAGCGACUCGGACGACCAGAUCGCCGCGUGGCAGGACGCGUGCGGCCCGUACCUGGCGAAAGGCGUCACGACGCCCGCGGCCCACGCCGCGACGAGAACGCUGGACGUGGACAGCUGCAAGGGCGCCGCCGAGAGCUGCGCCCAGCUCAGCCAGUCCACCACCUCGUGCUCGUCGGCGUACACCGAGCCGGCGGAGCUCACGAGCUGCCGGUGCCGAGCGUCGCUGGUCUCCCUCGCCUCCGCCUGCUAUCUCGACGGACACCAGUCUUGCAUGGGGGAUGAUGCGACGACGAGCAAGAUUUGGGAGUUUCAACACUGCGCUGCCGCUACGAACGUUUUGCAGAAACCAAAGGACACAAGUUCCAUCACGUCUGCGGCAGACACUUCUACCGCGCAGAACAAGGCGACUAGUACUUUCAGUUUCGGACCGGGAGCCACUGCUACAACGGCUACCUCCGGUGGAACAGCAGUCAUGUACGGCAGUGUUGGUUGGAGGGUGAUUGUUGUGCAUUUUCCAGUACUGAUCUACCUGCUUUUGUAGUAGAGCUCAGCUUUACUGCAUCGCAUCAAGGUUGAGAUGUGUACCACGAACUGCUUGCCAAAUUAAGUCAAAAGAAGGAGGAAUAUGGGAUCCAAGGAUCCAAGUCGGUUUAACUUGAGUGUCGUGUGAAUCUGACCUGUCACAUAGUGCUGAUACUCAGUUUAAAAAAGCAACCACAACAUUAGACAUGGUUGAUUUGGA